CGGCCAAACACACGUACGCCGCCCGUGCAUGCACGUUCGUGAAGGCGCGUACGUAAAUCCCAAAUAUAGCUCUCAUGUCCAAAAAUAGUGCAAACCGCAUGGACGGAGCUCAUAAGCUCGGCGAACUCUUUCACGACGUGCGCCGGCGCACUGCGGCGGCGCUCGAUAAGGCAUUAUCCCUCCUCCGCUCGCUCUCCAAGUACCACGCGCACCACGACGUCACGGAGCGGAUGGCGCGGACGCGGCAGGUCUGGCCGCCGCGGCUCGGCUCGCUGCUCGUCCACGUCGCCUACUUCCUCGCCAUCUCCUGGUGCGGGUACAUACUCCUCGGGGAUCUCAAGUUCCGCGCACCUGGCGGCGACGGGAGCCGGCCCAGCGGCAUCGACCUGUUCUUCACCUCCGUCUCGGCCGCAACGGUGUCGAGCAUGGCCGUGGUCGAGAUGGAGGUGUUCACCAACGGCCAGCUGCUCGUCCUGACUCUGCUCAUGUUCGUCGGUGGCGAGGUGUUCGUGUCGCUAAUGGGCCUCGCGUCCAAGUGGUCCACGCUGAGGAAACAAGCAACAGAAAAUUCUGGGCGGGUCGAGAGCCACGAUGAGCUUGAGAUGCGACCGGUCGCCGAUGCCGUCGACAUUGACAAGACGUCGACGAGCAGCGUCAGCCCGGUGGAUGCGAAGCGGCUGCGGCUCAACGCUGUGCGCUCUCUGUUCUUCAUCGUCCUCGCCAUCUUCCUUACGGUGCACGGGCUCGGCACAGCCGCCAUUGCAGCCUACGUCUACUCGUCGCCGGGCCCGAGACGGACGCUUCAGGGCAAGGCCCUGAACGUGUGGACCUUUGCCCUAUUCACAACGGUCUCGACAUUCUCGAACUGCGGCUUCAUGCCGAACAAUGAGAACAUGAUCUCAUUCCCUCGGGACACCGGACUGCAGUUGCUGCUCGUGCCGCUGGUGCUCGUUGGGAACACGCUGUUUGCGCCGCUGCUGGCCGCGUGCGUGCACGCGGCAGCUGCAGCGACGCGGCGUCCGGAGCUGGUCGUGACGGCCAGUGAGAACGGCGCGGAGCUGACGGGGUACGACCACCUGCUCCCGGUGCGACGGUGCGUGAUGCUGGUGGCCACGGUGGCCGGGCUCAUCGCCGUGCAGAUGGCGAUGAUGUGCGGCAUGGAGUGGGGCGGUGCACUGCCGGGGAUGAGCCCGUGGGAGAAAUUGUCCAACGCGCUGUUCCUGGCGGUGAACGCCCGGCACACCGGCGAGUCCACCGUCGACCUCUCCACCCUCGCGCCGGCCAUCCUCGUUCUCUUCGUGCUUAUGAUGUACCUACCUCCAUACACAACAUGGUUUCCAUUUAAAGAGAGCUCCAGCAUAAAGGAUCAUCCCGCGGAGAGCCAGGGGAUCGGGUUGCUCGAGGGCACAGUUUUGUCACAACUAUCUUACCUGACUAUCUUUGUCAUCGCCAUCUGCAUCACCGAGAGGACAAAGCUCAAAGAAGAUCCCCUCAACUUUAACUUGCUCAGCAUUGUUGUUGAGGUCGUCAGUGCUUAUGGGAACGUAGGAUUCUCCAUUGGAUACAGUUGCAGCAGAAAGAUCAACCCGGACAAGCUAUGCACAGAUAGAUGGACCGGCUUAGUUGGAAGGUGGAGCGAUUCUGGCAAGUUUAUCCUCAUUCUUGUCAUGCUCUUCGGGAGGCUCAAGAAGUUCAGUAUGAAAGGAGGCAAAGCAUGGAAGCUUAGUUAGAUGAACACCUGGUGACCAUUGCAGUUGCAGGCACACAUACUAUUUCCUCUCUUUCUCCUCUCUUCUGUUACCCCAAACAGUACUCAUUUAGAUGUAGAAGGGAACCUUCUACUUGUCAUCCUUGUGGUGUACGUGACCCCCUCCUUUCCCGAACCCCCUCCUCUCCCGAACCCCUCCCCAACCCUAACCGCCGCCGCCGCCGGGGCAAAGACCCACGGGGCGUGGCGGCGGCGGGGGCCUUUCCUCGCCGACGUGGGGGACGGCGGACGGGCUCUCCCCUCCUCAGCGCACGCGGCGGCGGCCGACGCGGAUGGUUAUGGGCGGCGGCGGCUCUUGCGAUGCGGUCCCCCCUUCCCCUCCCGUAGGCUUCCAUCCACAGCACACCGGCAGGGGCUGGUGGUGGGCGGCGGCCAGGCCCUCGGUCUGCGCCAUGCCCUCCCCCCGCCUCUCGUCGGUGCGUGGAUGCAACCUCGGGCUUCUUCCACGUCACGAGGGCGCCCGGGGCAACAGCCUUGGGUUCGACGGAGGAGGUGGCUCUCUUCUAUGCUGGAGAGGGUCGGCCUGUGGUUGGUGGUGGUGGAUCUUUUGAUCUAUCACCGCGAUCCGGCGGCGAGAUGGAGGAGCAUGGAAGCCGGCGAUGGUGUCGCCGGUGGAGGGUUGGAUUGGCCAGCCCGGGAUGGUCGCCGACGUGGGGGUCCGACCUGUAUAAAGGCGGCGGUCCUAGGGCCUCUCUUGCGUGAAGAGGAGGACCUACCGGAGGCCUGGACUCGUAAUCUGGCCGGUGGGUUGAGUUCCGGAAGGCUCCGCCGGCGAAUGUAACAGUGCUUUGCCUGGAGUUUUCUGGAUCGAAGGUAUUCGGUCGUGCGCACCCAUGCUUUUAUUCCGACCAAUUGGUUCUGUAGGGAGCGGCACGAAGCUCUUUUUCUGUGUUGACAUCAAGUGACUAUGGAUCCAUGAUGAAAGUCGGAAGAAGAGAAUUUCAUGAAGGCCGGAGUGGAGGACUAGCUAAGGGAGGUUCAAGUCUCCACGCUGUUGAGAGACUCGCUUGGUGUUCCGGGCUUCACACCAGCGGUAUGAAAGUGGGGGCGACAACACGGGUGAAGUGCAGAGUCCUACCUUUCAGGGUGAAAACCCAAGGUCUGGCCUUAACUAGUUGUGCCUGGCAAUGGCCUUGGGGAGGCAUUGUUUUGAGAGCGGGGACUAUCUUCAGGGUGAAAACCUAAGAUCUUUGAUCGGGCGACGACGGUGUUUGAGCACUGUUCCUUUCUUGGAGGCGUCGUUUUUUGGAGAGUCUGUAAUUCAGGUGUUGUCUUGGCGGUGGAUGUAUUGUUGUUGUUAGGCCUGAGAUACUGUAGCGGGACUUUUGUUUCUCAGUUUUUUUUCUUUUUUUAUUGUGUGCAUCCGUAGUGCCAUUAGGGUGGUGCGUUGUUGCAGAGACUAGGUGUAAUAGGUAUCCUCUUGAUAUUAAUAUAUUCCCUUUAUCGAAAAA